UGCACGAUCGUCGGACUAACACACACAGAGGUUGCGGGAUUGCACUGUACGAUGAGCUUCUUUGGCAGGGACCAUAAAACGCUGUGGAGACGCUGGGUGUUGGCGCGGCUGCUGUGGUUGAUCCUGGCCGUGUCUCUGGGACAGUCAGCGGCUCAUGAGAAGGUUCAUGAGAGGCAGGAGAAGGGGCAGUUUCUCCGUCCGUUGUUAACUAGUUCCGAGGCUGAGAGCGACAUUCUGUCCAGCGAUGUCGAUGCAGACCACGAGAGGUUCAGUAGAGAAACAGGAUCGGGCAGCGGAGACGACCCACUAACGCCAUCCUACACACCUUCUGUCUACAUUGAACUCACUCUACAAAUCGCUCCCGAUAAAUACGAACGCAGUAAGGAGACAAUUUUGAUGAUUCUGGAAACGUACCUGGAUGCCACAACAACUCUUAGAAAGAGGGCUACUAGUGGAGGCAAUACUAGCAUUGUUUUGGAGCUGGACCGCGAAAAGAGCUCAAAUGCGACGACUGUUUUGAGAGUAUUCGUCGUUGACAGUGAAUCUGGCGACCUGAACAUUGAUGCCACCUCAGAUUUGUAUGAUGCACUCCUUGCGGACCGAGUGGCGUUUUAUAAAGACAUCAAGGACAAAACAACUAUUGUUGUGCUGGAUGUACAGUUUAUACGAGAUCCGUCGGCUGGGAUUCCACUGAAAAGCUCGUCUCUGAAGUGGUGGGAUAUUCUGAUGAUUGCUCUCGGCUGCGUUGCCGCCGCAACCUGCCCUCUCCUCCUCGUUCUUGCUGUGAGUCAUAUGCGCAUGCGCGUGCCGGACGCGUUGUUUUGUCGCCAGCGCGCGCGUUUGCGUAAAAGCCCAAUAGCGGACGUCCGUACGUGUCUAGUCUGUUCGUGGUUGGAGCACAUCAAAAGGCUAUUAGCAAUGGCAGGAAGGAUCUGCGAGGCCAUUACUUUUUGCUGCAGGUGGUUCACACGGAGACGGGAGGACGAGGAGAAAGAAGGGCUCUUGACGCGGGACGCGCAACUACUCGAUGACACGGCGCCGCAGGUCCAAACCAACCAGCCUCGGGUGGCCGGCGGAGGUCUCCGCGAAAGAGCGAGCGUCAACAACAACAACGAGGACGUAUACAGUGACUGGGAGAGAAGGGAUCACGUGCGGAGGGUUGCCCGCGUCGGGUUCCAGUCUAGGGUCCAGGUCCAGUCGCAUCCGCUGGGACAAGAUGAAAUUGAAACCCUCCUACAGAACCCUGCAACCCUACGCAAGGAGUACUCGUCGAUCCCGUCCAACUUGGCGACAAUGGCCGAUGUUCCCCCUGGUGCGGAGGAGAAAAACAGAUACAAGGAUAUUCUGCCAAAUCCCCAGACUCGCGUUUCUCUGUUUCUCAAGUUUGCAGUCGCCAAUUCCGAUUACAUCAACGCUAACUUUAUCAGGGGUCUGCAGGAUUCGGAGAGGGCCUACAUAGCGGCGCAGGGUCCCCUCCCGUGGACCGUCGACGACUUCUGGAGAAUGGUCUGGGAGCAAAAGACUUCCGUCAUCGUCAUGGUGACCGGACUGGAGGAGAGGAGAAUCGUAAAGUGUGCCCAGUACUGGCCAGACCCACAUGUCACGCUGACUGCCAACUACGGAGACCUGAAUGUCACUCUCAAGAAACGGGUGACCACUAACCCCAACUACACCGUCUCUCACUUCCACGUCACCCACCGCGAGAAACUGGUCUCUCGUGAGGUGACUCAUUUCUGGUUCACGGCGUGGCCAGACCACGGCGUACCUUCCUCCACGGAGCCCGCCCUCCAGUUCCUCUCCCACAUCCGUAGCCACGCCCAGGAUAUCCCCGCCCCAAUCAUCGUCCACUGCAGGUGGGCGCGUCAUGAAUAUCGUAGCUGCUCUAUGAGGGACACUUGGUUCUCUCUUCUACUAAUCACGUAGUACAAUAUUAUUAUUAUUACCCCAGACGAUGUUUCAUGGGUGAGAGCUAGCUGCCUUUAACCCACAGUUAAAUUUACAUCUGGCUAAUAGGAGAUAGGGAGUACAGUAUGCAUAAUUAUUAUGAUGUUUUGACUUUGUUUGUGAGAAACAUGUGGACCUGGUGUAAUAUACUGGGGGAUGCUCUACAUUCCAUUGUGUAGCGGCCCGGCAAAUUUCCAGGAACUCAGUGGUAGGGUACUGGUGAUAUAAGGCCUCUCUUUCAGGCUUAUUGUGUGUGUGUGUGUGAUUCACAUCAUUUCCUUUCUAUCUUUACUUCCUGCACUCAAUAAACAAAGCACGUGAAUAUAUAUAUCAGUGAAAGAAGAGAGAGGAACUGUAGCAACUAAAUUCAGAAACUUGAUGAAAUGCAUAUUGUUGUCGUAUCCAUUAAGGUAACCUCUCUCUCUCUCUCCCUCAAUACUGCGCACACAGUGCCGGUAUUGGACGGACGGGGGUGUUCAUCGGAGCCGAUAUGGGGAUGACUCAGUUGGAGAAGGAGGGACAAGUCGACAUUUUGAAGAUUGUGUCCACCUUGAGGCAAGACAGAGGAGGAAUGGUUCAGACUGAAGUACAGUACAUCUUCCUCCAUCAGUUGCUGCUUAGCUAUGCUCGUCAGUUGCCCAGCCCACCCCCUCCGUACAACGUCGAGCCAAUGUUCCCGGUACCACCUUCAACUGAUGCCACACGUCAUGUGACCUGCACAUGAUCCCAUCAUUAUCCCUCGCGAGCUCCUCACACCGAAUAAAACUGACUUACAAGACAACUGCACUUGUAUGAUUAUUAUAUCUCAUUUUUGCACAAACUAUAUAUUUUACUCCUGUGUUCCUGUCUCUAUUAUAUAUAUUAAACCUGUCCUUUUGUGUCACCUGUCCCAACCCUCAUUUCCAUAAGGUAUGUAAAUGUUAUCAUUGCACAAUUGAAAGUUGAUAAAACCAACAACUGGGGUAUAUAUACACAAUACACACGUAAGUGUGGUAUCUAAAAAUUAGCCAAUGGCGUGUAGAGUUAAUCAUGCUAGUUUCAUAAGUUCAUCGUAGGCGAUUGAGAACAUGUAGAGGUACAGCCAGGAAUAAAAGAAGCCCUUCUUCUUGUUGGUGGCGACUGUGAAAGAGUUGAGAUAGUGGCCGCCCUGGUCGAUGCGUUCGUUCAUGACUUCCAUCCAGAUCACCUCACGACGGCGUUUGCUGUACUUUUCGGCCGUCUCCUUUCUCUCCGACUCUAGUUGAGUGACGACGUGCUGUAGGUACUCUUGCUCCGCCCUUUCCCAGUACUGGUCGUACUCCACCCCCGAGGCCAGGGUGCUCCUGAUGGUGGCGUAUGGCUGUUCCACCAUGGCGACACUGGCACUUUUUCACCUCAAAGCUCCACAGACAAAACGCUAGCUUGUCGAUCUGCUCUUGUGAUUACCGUGACACGCAUGCGCAUAC